UAUCUUCUGUUAAAUCUUACUUCACUACCAAAGAUAUUAAAUUACCCGAAAGCAAGAAAAUCAUUGAUACUGCAAUGACCUUAUCUUUCCUCCGAAAAACAUCAUCAGCGGAUUCAUCACCAGAAGUAAAAGAGAAGUACGAAAAGGCGAAGAAAUAUUUAAGCACUCAGAUAAAAAGCGAGAAAUUGGAAAGAGAAUUAUUAGAAAUGACCGAUCAAUUUGUAGUUGAACAUGCAACGAAGAAAGUAAUCAAAGAAAAAGUCAACAAAGUUGUUAUUGAAAAGGUGCAAGAAUCUGUAACCGUAGAAGAUGUCGAUAAAGUUACCAAAACUCAAAAUAAAGAUGGCUCGUUUGAAAUUUCCGAAAAAGUUACUGAAGACCUUAACCUUGGCAUAACCACAUCAAAAGAAAUUACGUCAAUUAUUCGUGUCUCUGAUGAACGAGUCAAGAAAUUUGAUGAAAAGACCUGGAACACAUUCAUAACGUUGGCUUACUGCAAUAAGGUAUUAAGUAAACAUGAAACGAAAUGGGAAGUACAAAAAGAAAAGGCACGUAAAUGGAUUCAUGAAGUAGUCAAGGAUGAAAAAUUAGAAAAAGAUAUCUUGGAAUCAUGCGAAAAGGUUGUGGUUGAAAAGGUUUCCGAUAAGAAGAAACAAUCAUCAUCAUGGUUCACAUCGGUUGAAGGUUAUCUCAAUUCAACUACAAAACAUCUUGAUGAUGACGGAUCAGACGAGAAGUCGUUCCCAGUACCAG